AUGUUUGAUCUAAUCACUGCAUUCGCAAUAUUCGCCCUUGUGAUAGGGGGACGAGCAGUCUUAAGUUCGCAAAGAUCCGUUGGUUUCACUAGAGGACAGAAGAUUGCUUCUUUCUUUUCUCUUAUCCUCUAUCUCUGUGGUGCUAGUCUUCUUGUGUGGGCACUUCUAUGGCGAGAUCAAGAAGCUCUGUACUGGCCUAGGCCUCUUUCUUCUCGGGCUUUGCUUGAAAGUAGCAGUAUUAUGAAGCGAAGUACUGUGACUGCCUUCCGCCAUGAUAAGGAUUACCUAUUGAUUUUGCCACAGGUCGCAUACCCCGGAAGGUAUCAGACGGCCACCAACCGUGCCAUUCCUUUGGCCCAAAGAUCUCACCCUCGGUUACUAUCAAGUAUCUGCAAUCUUGAACGUCGCAUGUUGACCUGCUGGUGCCCUCUGGCCAUUGCCAUGGUUCUUUGGGAGAAAGAUUUUGCCCGGGAGCCUCCUCUGAUACUCUCCCCCGAUUGUUAUAAGUAUGUAUCCAGCAUAGCAACGAUCCCGAGUAAUAAUCAGGAAACACUCUUGCACAAUAUUUGGUUAACAAAGUCUGACAGUGCUUGCUGGUGUUCUCUGGGCGUAUACCAACCUUUCCAUGUUUCGGCAACCUUCAUGCUGGCGUGUGUCUUCAGUGUUUGGGUAAAUUGCCGGCAUCCAGACUGGCGGAACAAGUAUUCAUUUGUUCUUGAGGCUUCUUUGAAUACUGGCUUUGCAAUGGCCAGUCUUGUACAGUUUUUGCCAUCACAAGCGCGAAUGUCAUGGUAG